AUGUCAUGUGAAGCGUCUAGAAGUAGGAAAGGUGGUCACUCACAAGAUCUACAGGGACUUGAAGCUAUAGCUAAUACGUACUGGAGCACGGGGUUAAAAUGGAAUUAUUUUAUAUAUUUUCAGGAAUUGGUUGAAGAAGAAAAAGAGGAGAAGAAUUGGAAGGGUAUAGGGAUAGCUCUGUUGGUGAUAGUGGUUGUGUUCAGUUGUGUGUCUGUCGCAGUUAUAAUUGUCACACCUGAGGAAGUUAUCGAGCGUGAAGGAGACAAACUGUUGUUGGAAGAAUUAAUCAAGGGAGAUUACGAGCCUUAUGUUCUGGAACCUAGAUGGUCCCGAGAUGGAAGACAUUUAAUGUAUAAAACUAGUGAAAACGAACUGAUAGAUUUUGAAUGUGAAACAAACUUUUCUACACAAUUUCUUGACAGCUCCCCUUUUAAUGAGUUCAGUACCAGUCAAUAUCUAGUAUCAGCCGAUAAGAGUUAUAUUCUAUUUCAAUAUGAAAGAAAAAAGGUAUUUAUUAUAUUUUCUUAG